AUGGCGUCGCUGAAUGCUGCAACGAUGAGUCUUCAUGAUCCUUGGCAGAGCACACUGGUGCAAUUGGGCCUCGCCUCUGGAAGUUCGAGUGACAAGGAGACUGUGUUCCUCAACAAUGUCAGGGCACUUGGGUUUACACUGCAGACAAAGGUCCAAAUGAAACAGGUCCAGUUCCCUGCAAAGGUUGGCCUGUGCCAGCAGCCUGUUCUUCCGGUGAAAGAGUUGGCUGAAGAGAUCUUGCGGGAUUACCCUGAAAUCUUAUUCUGCGGGCAUGGGUAUGACCAGCUGGAGAAAGUGCAAGCUACUUUCUCUACUUUCUGGGAGCGCUUCCGGCACACGUGGCCCAAGCAUCCGGUGUUUGAGGUGCAUCACAAUGACCUACACCGGUGUAUCCCCUGCCGCAUCCAUAGCGACGAAGGCACUUCAUUUCGCAAAGCUGGCAUCUUCCAGCAAUCCUGGGGCCCAGAUGACAAUCUGGGCUUUGCAGCUGGCAACAGAACGCUUGAUGGCAUUGCUUCGCAUUUUGUGGACGAGGCAAAUGAUUGCUUCUACAAUGGUUUGCAGAGCCGCCAAGGCCAAUUCUUUCUGGUGUUUGUGCGACUUGAGGGUGAUUUACCAGCGCAAGGAAAGCUCAUGCAUUCAGCGCGGAAUUUCACCAAUGAGCCAAAUCCAAUGUGUCCCUGGUGCUUGGCUGAUGAUCGCGAUGUUCCAUUUGCUGAUCAUCGUCGAGAUGCUGUAUGGCGGAGAACAACGGGAUCACAGAAACCGUGGGGUUCGUGCAGCCCUCUCCAUCGUCUUCCAGGUGGUGAUGAGGAAGAGUUCGUCGCCAAGGACUUGUUCCACAUUAGCCAUCUUGGGAUCACACGAACCUUCAUUGCCUCUUGCAUAUGCUACUUGGUGGACAUCGGCCAUUUUACAGCUGGACAUGCGCCCACUGUGGCUGUACCUGUGCGCCUGAAAGAAGCAUAUGAGUGUUUCAAAGACCACUGUCGACUUGUGCAAUGUGAAACGCCGGAUGUGAAGGCAUUUUCUCGGGAAAACCUGGGAUGGAAGAAGGGGUCAGACACCCGUUUGCUGGUCAAGUGGCUGGUUGACUACCUGCAGCAACCAUGGCUUCGUGAUGAGAUAAUGGAAUGCAUGCUGCUGGCGUUGAUAGCAAUGGAUGACUUUCACAGACUCUGCUACCAGCAGGCUGACAGAAUCUGGCUCACUGCUGCACAGGCGAUGUCUGCACGACAAUUCCUGUGGCAGUUUUUCUGCAGCUAUGUCAAAGCUGCGAGACUCUGUCAUCAGCAAGCGAAAUUGUUUUUCAACAUCACUCCUAAGUUUCAUUAUCUUUUGCAUAUCCACGAGGAUUUACAGAGAUGUGCUGGGCGUGAGUACGCGCUCAACCCGGCCAGCUUCGCUACCCAAAUGGACGAAGAUUAUGUGGGAGUGGCAUCCCAAAUGGGCCGUACUUGUCAUCCGCUUGCUGUGUCUAAGCGAACAGCCGAGAAGUGGCUGAUCUACAUUUGGCUCAAGUGGACCAAGUGA